AUGAGCUCAGUAUCGGCUACGACACGUGAAUUAUUCUCCGCGGCGGGCUUCACAAGCGACAACGAUGGCUCGGCGGAUCUUGAAAUCACCUCGGCUGGAUUCCAGUUUUUGUUGCUGAGUCCUGUUCACCAGCUUUGGACAUAUAUGAUUGAGUAUUUCAAAUUGGAGUCCUCCAAGGGGCGAGACAUUAGGCCUGUUUUGGACCUGCUUAUCAGAGUGAUUCUAUGUGUCGUCAGAGGUGGAGACUUCUCUCAAACUGCCUUUGAAAUCAGCAGUAAUUGGACAGAAGAUCAGACCACCCUAAUUAUGCACAUGCGAGAACUUGGGCUUAUUUUUAUACGGAAAAGAAAGGAUGGGUGA